AUGGCCAGCGCUGCUCCCAUUCAGAACAGGCCAUACCGCUCACACAAAGUACCGGCCUGUACGCGAUGUCGUUCGCGCAAAAUCCGAUGUCACAUCGACAUUCCCGGAGAGCCAUGUCUGUCAUGCCGAGAAAGACGUCUCAAGUGCCAGUAUGUCGAAAGUUCAACGACCAGCUCUCCUACAGAAGAGGGCCCAGACCGACGGCCCUCCAAGCGGCGACGGCACAGCGAGCCUGAGGAAGGUCCUUCUCGGCCUCGCUCAGCACCCAUCUUGCAUAAAACCAACAACAAUCCUUCCGCAUCCAUCAUGCUUGCGCCGCAUUUCGCUGAAGAUAUAGACAUCUUCAAUCGACAUAUCUCACAGCAUCGAAAAGCAGAGGGUGAGGUGGAAUCUUCCAACUAUCAGACACUCCUCCACGAUGCGAAAGAUCCAGUGGUGUACCUCACAGUCCCAAGGUUUCGGACUGGUCUACCGCCCAACAGCGGCUGUGGGAGAGAACAGCUGGAGAUCGUGGAGCAAAUCAUGGGACCUUUUAAGCGAGAAGUGGUCGAGCUGUAUUUCAACCACAUCCACUACCAUUUCCCCAUCCUAGAUGAGGAGAUGUGUGAGAUGCUGCGGACAGGGCAAUACGGCAGAGUACCAAACAAUUUGAUGUGUGUCAUCUUCGCACUUGCAUCGCCGCACUGGGCCAAAUCAGAUACCCUGAAGAUGCACCCCAAACCAAACUCAUACUACGUUUGGAACAAGGCUAUCUCAGCGACUCUGGAGGACUUUCUCAGCCCUGGAAUGUCUACUAUUCAAGCUGCAGUGCUGGAUCAGGUUGGACGUCCUUCGGUCUCUAUUAUCGGCAACAUCACUUUAUGCGGUCGAACAGUAUCUCUAGCUCAGACAUUUGGACUGCACAGAGACCCAUCAAAGUGGAACAUCACAGAGAAUGAAAAGUCGGUGCGAAUGCGACUCUGGUGGUGUGUCCUCAUCACCGACCAGUGGUCUAGUGUCGCAUAUGGCGCCCCACCAUAUGUGUCGAAAGGCUAUUAUGACGUGCCGCGACCAACUGUCAGCUCACUCAUUGGCACCAAGGCAACCUCGCAGCAGAAACAGACUACCACCUGCUUCAUACAUUUAUGCUCUUUGACGGAGUUGUUGGCCGAAAUCUUACCCUUCGUUUACCAGAUCAGUCCAGAUCGAAUCCAACUCGCCCGAGAGAUCGAUCGCUUCAAGCACGAGCUAGACGAUCUGGAAUCACAGCUACCGGAAUGGCUCCCUCUCCCGAAUCGUCCUGGCACACCUAUGCUAUGGCUCUCGUUUCUCUCGAUAAGGCUUGUACUCGCGCGUCUCAUCUUCCGCGCAGCUGUCCUUGAUGGAGAUGGUAGUAUAGGGCGAAGUCGGAUGGAUCAGCUGCGCAUCGCAUCAUCGGCAGUUCUCGACUUCAUAUUGACCAUGGGCGAAACUCAGUUCCUGGACUUUUGGCUGCCCUAUGCGACUCACCUUCUGGUACAUGCAAUCACCGUGUCGCUUCGCUGCACUGUCGAGACCCAGGAUCCUGAAAUACGGAAUACAUGCGUCGCGCGCCUGGAACGUGUUAUCGCGCAUAUUCAGCAUGCGCGAGAUAACUACGAUUGGGAUCUUGCGAACUAUUGCUUGGAGCGUUGCGCUGAUCCUGUGUCGAAGAUCGCAUCGCUGAACGCACGAGAAGCGCCACAGCCAUCGGAGACGGAGCUAACCAGCGUUGCGCCUAACGGCAAUGGGAUCGACGUACCGGUGAUGCCUAAUUUUGACGAUGCGACAUUCUUGUUGUCGGACAUAUUGGAUCCAAACGCUUUCGAUUUCUCCUGGGAUGCGCUGUGGGAUACGCCAUCCGGAAUGACCAACUUCUCGUUAUAG